AUAUGACAUUUGACAAAUGACAGUGACUUACAGCAAAAAAAAAAUUAUUUCUUUUCAACUAGCCUGUCAUUACGAAAAGUUGAGGCGGGUUUUAAAUCCUAGCCAUGGUGCGUAUGAACGUAUUGAGUGAUGCUUUAAAAUCAAUCCACAAUGCCGAAAAACGAGGCAAAAGACAAGUUCUCAUUCGGCCCUGCUCCAAAGUUAUUGUGAAGUUUCUCACUGUGAUGAUGAAGCAUGGUUACAUCGGCGAAUUCGAGAUUGUAGAUGACCACAGAGCUGGAAAAAUCGUCGUCAACUUGACAGGCAGAUUAAAUAAAUGUGGAGUUAUUUCACCCCGGUUUGAUGUACCUAUCAAUGAUAUUGAAAGGUGGACUAACUUAUUGCCCUCUCGACAGUUUGGAUACCUUGUACUCACCACUAGUGGAGGAAUCAUGGAUCACGAAGAAGCAAGACGAAAACAUCUUGGAGGAAAAAUAUUAGGUUUCUUUUUCUAAUCUAAUACACGUAAAAAUGUA